AUGGAAGAAAGUAGGUCCGGGCGGGUGGCAAGUCGUGGAAAGAAUCAUCUGAACACUCUGUGGAUUCGACCACCAUCAUCAGCAUGGGGGCAGGCUAGGAAGCGAUUGCAAGUUGCAACUCGACCAGCUGGAUGGAAAGUGCUACAGGAUACGAGAAGGGUCCAACGCAAGCGAAGUGGACCAGGGGGAACGAGGGAAGGGUGGUCUGAUAUCGGUUGUCAGGGUCGAGGGUUCUAGGUUUCCCACCUCCUGGUCCAUUCCUGCCACUCUCGUUGUGGCCUGAACGUUGUGGUCGAUGUCGAGCUAGCCGUCUCUGUGGUCGAUAGGGUUCGACAUCGUGUAUAGUGAGCUGGAGAACGCUGGCGACAGCGAGCCCUGAGUCUCGGCGGCCAGGGAAUGGAGCAGAACAAGAAGUUGCGGAA